UACAUACUAUUUAAGAAAAAUUUAAAUUACAAUUCUAUCUUUAUGUUUUGCAUUAUUUAAAAAAAAAACUUAUUCCAUCUCAUAAUCCGAAUUAGUAGAAGAAACAUUGACUUGCCCCUAAUUGGCCUAACCCUCUGAUAACAAUGAACAAUAAUACUCCUACUAGAACAACUCCUCAACAUGUCUACGCAACCCACAAACAAAACCCCCAAAAUUCUCCCAAAAAUCAAUUAAAAAAUCUUGUCAAUCCCUCUGAUCAACAACAAAUUCCAAAUAAUUCGACCCAAGUCCCCCAACAAAACCCUAAAUUUCUUAUGUGCAAAGAUAAAAUGUCACUAAAUGUUGUUCCACCAUCCCCAUCUCCCUCAAAUCACCAUAACCAUCGUAAUCAUCCCAUACCCACCACUUCAACCUCUUUUGAUCCGCCAUUAACAACCCCAAACAAGCUUUCUUCAAAUACAACUUCAUCUUCUAACACAUCUCAUUCUAGUCGCCAUUCUUUAUCUAGUCUUCGUAGUUCUCUUCCUGAUAAUCCUCAUUUGUAUGAUAUCUCUGAAAUUCGAUUAGCUACCAACAAUUUCUUAUCCAAAACUUACUCCAAUUCUUCCAGAUGUUGGCGUUGUGAAUUACACGGGAAAUCGGUACUGAUUUUCCAGAGAAAAUCGCAUCAUUCUAGGGGUGUUUUACGCCCAUCAAGUGUUCGACAAAAACUCUCAUCCAUCUGUAAGUCUCAUCACAUAGCUAUUGUUAAUCUUCUCGGAGCUUCGAUUUCUGGAAAUUACAUUUACCUUGUUUAUGAUUUCAUUAAUGGAGCUAGUUUAUCUGAUUUGCUUCGAAAUAAGAACAACCCAGAAUUUACUGUUCUUAAUACAUGGAUGUCUAGGAUGCAGAUUGCUUCAGAUUUAGCAAAUGGAUUAGAUUAUAUUCAUAAUAAUUCCGGAUUAGAUGUGAAAUUUGUUCAUAAUCAUAUAAAAUCGAGUAGCAUUAUUGUUACAGAACCGUCGUUUAAUGCUAAGAUAUGUCAUUUUGGUACUGCGGAGCUUUGUGGUGAACCGACGGAGGAGAGAGAAAGUGUUGAAUGUGAGAAGAAGGUUGAAGAAAUAAUUGAUGAAGAUGAGGAAAAAACGGCGAAAUUAGCUUCAUCUGGGAAGAAUUUGACCCGAUCGAACAGUGUUCAAUUCAACGGCACUACAGGGUAUAUGUCGCCAGAGUUUCAAAUGACAGGAAUAGGAACCCGAAAAUCAGAUGUGUAUGCCUUUGGAGUGGUGCUAAUAGAGCUAUUAUCCGGCGAAGAGGCGGUUAAGUACAAGUACAAUAAAGCAAAGCAAGAGUACACUAAAAUCUCCGCCAUUGACUCGGCUAGAGCAAUGGUGGAGCAAGGGGGGUUAGAAAGAGAAGGAAUGUUGCGAAAAUGGAUUGAUAAAAGGCUCAAAGAUUCUUACCCCGUUCAGGUUGCGGAUAAGUUAACUCGCUUGGCAGUUGAUUGUUUGCAAAUUGACCCUAAUAAACGACCUGAUAUGCGACGAGUCGCCGGUAAAAUUUCACGGUUGUAUUUAGAGUCCCAUUCUUGGUGUGAGAACUUGAAAAUUCCCACCGAUAUUACGGCGUCGUUUGCUCCUCGGUAGACAUAAGUCCUGUUUUUACUCCUUAUUCUAUUUCCAACUUCCAAGGAUACACAUUUUAGUGUACUAAUUUCGUAUUGUUUAUUUACUACCGUAUGAUAUGUUAAAAUGUUGUGUUUAUUAA